AUGAUGCGCCCACGGCCCGCGUCUUCCCUGCAGAAGACCUACGACGAGUGUUAUCUGGCAUGUUCCACCGCGGUAUACUUUGAAGGUCAGAACAACGAAGAAGAAGCAUUGCGGUCCUGGCGAUCCGCUCUCGACACUAUCUACCAUCACAAUGCUCGGCGUGUACCAUCGAACUAUACUCCGAAAUCCGAAACCGAAAAAGCCCUGCAGGACUCCAUCCGGGCGCUAGAAGUUCAAUGCCGAGAACGGGUCGAUCUAUUGGGGGCCCUCCGAGCUAGUAGAAAGGAAUCCGCAGAGGCUAAUGGCAUCGGUAAAGAGAGCGCUACUCUCGUGAAGGGGAAAUCUGUCACCAGCGCACCGCCGCCAUCCUCGUCCAACCUUCCCGGCUGGAUCGGAGAUGGAACAAUCCCUGCCGUCGGCUAUACCGACCUUUCCAAACCCGCUGCGAUACCCGGCCGAUUUGCGCUGCCGACAAAACAAAGCUACGAGUCGCCGCCACUGUAUGAUGAUGCCGGCCCUGCGAAUUUGUCUGCGGCUGGUGCGCCUGCACUACGAGUGAACUCUAAUUCUUCGGGCAAAACCAAAUCGCGUGGCUCCAGUCCCGAGCGACGAAAGCCCAUGCUGACAACACUACGCAGCAGCGAUGGUAAGAAGAACGGCAAGAAGGUGAAGAUCCCAUCAAAGAAAAAGGAGACACGGCCUGCCGCCUCUACGGCAGCGGGUCUAGCAUGGGGUAGCAUAUAUCGCUCUGCAUCGGGUGAGAAGCCUCUGAGUGACGCAGCCGCAGCAUCUUCCCGGGCAAGUACCAACAACGGCUCUAUUCAUCGUCGAGAUCCAGAACCAAGAACCAGUUCUGGGGAUGAACCGCGGCCAACAAAAUCUCGCACUUCCCGAGACCUAACUGCGGACCGAAUCCCUGCUGCCCACUGGCGAGAGCCUCUUCGUUCGUCUCCAAAAAGGACAUCACCCAAACCGCCCACACAGCAAUCGCCGCGCCAGCCUCAACCUCCACUUCACAGCCCUAAACUACCGCCACCAUCCCCAAUGUCUAUGCCAGACCCGGCCGAUUUUGCAACACCACCCAAGCCAUCCAUCAAACCAAAGCCUGUUGCUUUACGGUCUUCUCAACCACCGUCAAGCCAUCCAAUGCAGAGUACCAAAUCUGAGCAGACUUCACGGACGACGACUCCCCGACUUGAUCGGCAAGCAAGUUCUUCAAAUGACAAACCACGAACGAAGUCUGCGCCCAGAAUCCCUAGAAUUGGCGAAUCAUCUCGUGUUUCUCCAUCAUCUGGUAGUGGUGAUGAUUUCAACCGUAGUGUCGAUCGACUGGCUAUCUCACAAAGGAACAGUGAUAAUGCAACAAGGCGAAAGCCUCCACCCCUUAUACGGCGGGAGACACCACCAUCAAGCGACCAUGAAUUCUCAGAUCAGCAAUCUUCGGCCAGCGGGGCAGAGGAUGAAAUGGAUGAAGACGACCAGGACAUCAACAAAAUUUUGGAAAAGUUGCCGAAGGGCGUGGACCUCCAGUCAGCAAAGCAAAUUCUGAAUGACAUUGUAGUGCGCGGCGAUGAAGUGCACUGGGAUGAUAUCGCCGGCUUAGAAGGGGCCAAAAAGGCUCUGAAAGAAGCAGUGGUCUACCCAUUCCUUCGCCCCGAUCUCUUCUCUGGUUUACGUGAACCAGCUCGUGGAAUGCUACUGUUCGGUCCCCCAGGCACAGGCAAAACUAUGCUGGCACGAGCAGUAGCGACAGAGUCAAAGUCAACCUUCUUCUCUGUUUCAGCAUCAAGCCUCACAUCAAAAUGGCAUGGUGAAAGCGAGAAGCUCGUGCGCGCCCUGUUCGGUCUUGCCAAAGCUCUCGCUCCGUCUAUCAUUUUCGUCGAUGAGAUCGACUCUCUCCUCUCUGCUCGGUCUUCUGGCUCGGAACAUGAGGCCUCCCGUCGCUCAAAAACCGAGUUCUUGGUCCAAUGGUCUGACCUCCAGCGCGCAGCUGCUGGCCGCGAACAAACAAGUCGCGAGAAAAAGGAAGGCGAUGCCAGUCGUGUGUUGGUUCUAGCUGCUACCAAUAUGCCUUGGGAUAUUGACGAAGCUGCCCGCCGCCGGUUUGUCCGUCGCCAGUACAUCCCCUUGCCGGAGCAACAUGUCCGCGAGCAGCAACUCCGCAAACUCAUAGGUCAUCAACAUCAUGAGCUGAAUGAUGCUGAUAUCCAAGUUCUGGUACAUGUAACCGAAGGCUUCUCCGGUUCAGAUAUAACAGCCCUAGCCAAAGACGCCGCCAUGGGCCCCCUGCGCAACUUGGGCGAGGCCCUUCUUCACACUCCCAUGGAUCAAAUUCGUGCCAUUAAAUUCCAGGACUUCGAAGCAAGUUUGUAUUCCAUUCGGCCUAGUGUAUCCCCCGACGGGCUGAAGAAAUAUGAGGAUUGGGCAAGAGAAUUCGGCGAGAGAGGUGGGUAG